AUGCUUCUCCAGUUCCCCAUCGACCCUCCGGCCAGCGCGCGCGCGGACCAGCUCGAGAUCAUUGCCGACUCGGUGUACGCGAGCUCGUCGACGCUCGACGGCCGCCGCUUCGCGCAGGAGUUCUUCACCCGCCGCAAGCAGGACGCGCAGCGCGCCGCCUCCGGCCGCCCCGUCCAGAAGGUGUCCUCGCUCGCUGACGUCGUCAAGACGCAGCCCAAGCAGGCCUCCUCGGACCUCGGCUUCAAGGUCGUCAAGAAGAAGGGCAAGAAGGCCUAA